AUGAACGCUCUGUGUACCACUCAAAUUACCACAUUGUGUAUGCCCACCAGGCGUCUCUGUGACACUUUGCAGGAGCUUUUGUCUGUGUGCAAUGGAGGCACACAGCUGUUAAUUGACAAGGAUUUUCCAGAAAAGGAGAAGUCCACAUCAAAGGCCCUGGAAGACGUAAAGGCAAACUUUUACUGUGAAUUAUGUGACAAGCAGUAUCACAAACACCAAGAGUUUGACAAUCAUAUUAAUUCUUAUGAUCAUGCUCAUAAGCAGAGACUAAAAGAAUUAAAGCAACGAGAAUUUGCUCGAAAUGUAGCCUCCAAGUCAUGGAAAGAUGAGAAGAAACAAGAAAAAGCACUUAAACGACUUCAUCAGCUGGCUGAGUUAAGGCAACAGUCUGAAUGUGUUUCUGGAAUUGGACCUGCGUACAAAGCCCCCAGAAUAGCCAUAGAAAAACAACUCCAGCAAGGAAUCUUCCCAGUUAAGAAUGGAAGGAAGGUUUCGUGCAUGAAGAAUGCUCUUCUCCUUAAAGGAAAGAAUCUCUCCAGAGCCAUUGCCGAUAAACAGCGGUCCACCAUGCCAAAUCAACACGAGUUACAAACGGACAAACGUUAUUUGUCUGGAAGUCGGGUACCACAAACAUCUUCACAUCUCAGUAAUGCAAAUCACAGGACAGGAGUAUCAUUUUCCUUUUCCAAAAAAGUGCAUCUAAAAUUAGAAUCUUCAGCAUCAGUUUUCAGUGAGACCACAGAAGAAAUUCAUGAUUCUAAGUCACCCAUCUAUAAAACAAAAACUGCAGAGAAAUGCAAGUGCCACAGGUUUGCAAAUGAGGAUACACACCUCGCUAAGGAAAGAGACAUAAACAUCUCACCAAGCCAUCUGGAAAGUGUUUUACACAAUGCUUUCUCCAUCAGCUCUCAACUUUUGCAGGACAAAAAUGACUCUGUUGAUGAAACUCUAGAAGAUUCCACUGGCAUUCAUGCUUCAUUCUCUAAAUCUAACAUUCUUCUUUCAGAUGUGAAUAUUACUCCUUCCAGCAGAGAAAAAGGAACUAGAAAUACAUUGAAGAACAAUUCAGAAAACUGCAUUAAUCACUCAUGCCAAGCAAAUGCUUUCUCCAGCCCACGAAACAUUUACAAGCACAGUGAUGCCAGGAUAUUUGAAUGUCUGGAUGACUUUCCAUCACUAGAGCCAAGUGAGCAAAACAGUACAGUGCAUCUGAAUCCGAACUCCAGAAUGGAGAAGACAGAAAAAUCUUUAGAUGAAACAGAAAGAGUUAGCAAAAACAUGCAAAGGCUUAUAAGAGAAGCAUGUCCCCAUGAUGUGAAAUCCAAACCAUUGCCCUUUCUCCACGUACAAAGCAAGGAUGGUCACACCACUCUCCAAUGGCCUACAGAACUCCUGCUCUUUACAAAAACAGAGCCUUGUAUCUCUUAUGGCUGUAACCCAUUAUAUUUUGAUUUUAAGCUUUCUCGGAACACAAAGGAUGAUCAUGAUCCAGAGGACUUAAAAACAGAAUUGAUUAAGGAGCCGUCAGAAAUGAAGACUACAGGAGAGAGCCAAGUCUCAGGUUUAAUCAAAGACCAACAAAAAUUGAUCCAAGAAGAUAAUCAAUCUCUGAAACCAAAGAUGAUGAUAGCUAAUCCAGAUUGGGAAAAUUUCCAGAGAAAAUACAGUUUGGGCUACAAUGAUUCUGAGCCAAAUACAAGUAAACAUAAUUUUACUGCAAGUGAUUUGGAAAUGAAAAAUCCUGAAGUGCCUGCUUACCGUGAUAUCUCUCAAAAGAAUUGUGUAGCAAACAAUAAUAAUAGUGAUAAUGAACUUAAGGAACCUUCAAGGACCCAUUGGCAAAGCUGCCAAAGGGUAGUUCUAAAUAAUGCAAAUGAGGGCCUAUCAUUUUCGCCUUGUAUAUCGAGGACUAAAACACAUAAACAGAUUCCCUGUGAUCCUCAUUCGGAUCUUGAAGAUGGAAAUCAAUUCACCUGGAGUUCUAGUCCUUAUACAGUAAGGGGUCACAGUGACCAUGGGAAGGACAUCAGUGUAGUUUUGAAUAGUAACCACGUCAGCAUGACCAGCAGAGUGUCUGGAUGUGGAAACCGAAGUUACAAGAGAAUUUCUGGAACAUUGUCUCUGAACAGACAUUCUAGCCUUUCAGACACAUCCCUCAGCAGCACAUCCAGCCUGAGAAAUACUUGCUCAAGUCAUAGGUCCAGUGGUGAUGGCAGAGGUCAUUUGCUCUACUUUUGUAAAAGAGAACCCAGCUCAGUUGAAAGGCACAAACUGAAACGUCGCAAGCACAGCUGCCUCUGCUUGUCCAAUGAGACAGCGCAGAGUGCCUGCCUGCGGUCCGGAGCGCACAGAGACGGGGCCUGUGCAUUGCGGGAAUCGGAAUCGUUUAAAAAUGAAAAACAAUCAAAACGUAGAUAUGGUCACAGCAGAGAAAGAUAUAAACUGGGAAAAAAUCAACAACAAUGUUCGGGGCCCAAAUCCAGGAGCAUCACCCAUUGUGAUACUAGCUCACAGGUUUCCUGUGCUGGGAACAGCGCAAAACCAUUUAAUUGCCAGGGACCUCAGUACAGCAGAUCAGAUUCUUACUCAAGAGAAAGAAUUUAUUACUUAAAUAAAAGUGAAAGAACUCAAUGGUCUUUGAACAGCCCUCAUGUUUGUGAUCUGGGAAAAGUAAAACCCAUGCGGUAUAAAUCUGAGAAUAUCAGCUGCCUUCUAAGGAACUGUUCCAGCCACCGAUCCGAAACCACAGGGUUGAACAUUGCAGGAGAGAAGACCCCCCUGACAGCCAAAAGCCUUUUAGAAAGAGUACAAGCCAAGAAGUGUCAGGAACAAUCAAGCAAUUUGGAAGUCUCUUCAAACAGUUGUAAAAAUAAAUCAGAGGCUCAUUCACAAAUCCAAUGCACAAUUCAAUUUAUACCACCAGGCUGUAAGAGACCAGCAUUGCCUUUGUCUGCAAAAAUGCAGAACACAAAUAAAAGAAGAAAUUAUAAAGGCAGUGUGGUUCAGAGAACUAUUGAGAAAGGCAAAGUCAAAGGUUCACAGACAAAUAAUUUUACUGUUUUAGUAGACACUGAUUGUGAUAACCAUCUUUCUAAAGGUAUAAUUCAUGUAGUAGCUGAGUCUCAGUCACCAAACAUGAAAAAGAACCCAACAACAAAAGAACAAUCAGAAUCUUUAAUUGGUGAAUUCCAACCUUUUAUUCAAAACUGUGACCCAGAACUAAGUGAUUUCCCUGGUGCUUUUCCAUCUAAUAGAUAUACUGGUGUUACUGAUUCAACAGAGACCAAAAAGGAGCAAAUAAAUCUAGACUUACAGGAUGUAAGCAUGCACAUGAAUCAUGUAGAGGGGAAUAUAAACUCUUACUAUGACAGAACUAUGCAGAAACAUGACAAGGUAGCAGAUGAGUUAGAAGUAUGUCAUAAAUCUUUCUCCCCCCCUAUAAUUCAACAGCCAAUAACAUUUUCUCCUGAUGAAAUAGAUAAAUAUAAGCUCUUACAGCUACAAGCCCAGCAGCAUAUGCAGAAACAGCUCCUAUCAAAGCAUCUUCGGGUUUUGCCUGCUACAGGGCCAACUGCCUUUUCUCCAGCCUCAGCUGUGCAGACAGUUCCAGUUCACCAGCACACUUCUCUCACCACCAUCCACCACACGUUCUUGCAGCAUUUUGCUGUUUCUGCUUCCGUAAAUUCCCAUGGCAGUCACUUCCCUAUAGCUCAUCUACAUCCUCUUUCACAGCCACAUUUUGCUCCGUUCACAUUUUCACCUCUGACUCCAGCCAUCAUCCCUGCACAUCCCACUUUCUUAGCGGGUCAUCCCCUGCAUUUAGUCACCGCUGCCCCCUUCCACUCAUCCCACAUAACACUUCAGCCCUUGCCCCCUGCAGCAUUUGUCCCUGCAUUGUUUGGCCCUCACUUAAACCCAGCCACAACUUCCAUCAUCCACUUGAAUCCUUUACUUCGACCAGUGUUUCAAGGUCAAGAUCUUUGCCAUCAUUCUUGCUCCAGUCAGAUGCAACAGUUAAAUGGAGUGAAAGAGGCCUUAAAUGUGUCAGCACAUUUGAACUAAUAGCUGUUAAAGCCCCUCUGCUGGAUAAAUAAAACAAAUUGUCACUACCUACAAAAAUGAUAUAUUUAGAGUGGUCUAUCUAUUGUAAGAUUUAAAAUAUAUGGCAGUUCAAAAUGUGACCAACAUCUAAAUGUGAACUGAAUUGCCAAUAUUGAAAUAGGAGCAUUUUAAGAAUUUCUUUUAACUUGAAAAAAUAAUAGAGUGAAUUUAAAAUAAUUUUAUGAAAAAAUAGAGGAAAAAGUGUUAAAGAUCUGUUUUAGAUGAGUUCUCACAUAAUGUUACAAAAUGUUACAGAAAACAUUCAGGUAGAUUAUUAAUAUUACAAAGAAAAUCAUAUGGAACAUGAUACCACAUGUUCUAGGUGUUUGUUGAAUGAGUGAAUGAAUGAAUGAAUGAAUGCACAUUUUGUUUUAUUCAUCAGAUAAUAAUAAAACGUCAGUGAAAUGAACUAAUUAUUAAUAGUAAUUCUUACAGUUAACUAUUGACUAAACUUUCAAUCAAUAUAAUCCAUUUCAAUCAAUAUGAUCUGUAUUUUCAUAGGAAAUAAGAAAUGGCAAGAAAUUUUCCAAUUAAUUCAGAUCGAAAACUACUCUUCAAUGAAAAUCAAUCUUUAAACAGAUUGCAUUGUUGAGUUUCUGUGAAAAAUCGGGUUAUCUUCCUUUCAUACACAUCUAUGUCAAGAUAAUUUUGUUAUUGUAAGAAUCACCAUCUAAAAUUAAGAAUGUUUAAUUUUUGUAUAAGAAAUCAUAUAUAAACUAUCAUUAGUCUUUGAUAACACAAAACAAAAACCAAAAUAUAUUCAGAAUAACAUUUGGAAUACAUUGGUCAAUCUUUCAAAUAUUGCAGGGACUUAAAUAUUGUUUUCUUUAUUCUUUUACUCAGAAAUCUUACCGUGUUCAGCCAACAUAUGUGUAAGUGGGGAGGUAAAGUUUUGGAAAUGUCACAAUUUUUACAUGACAUUUACUGAGAAAAUCUUAUGGCAUAUUUGAUGUGUUUUAUUCAAUUGUACUAGAUAUUUAUAAAAUAUAGUGAAUGAUGAUGAAUAAAAUCACCGUUCAUGCAAUUUUGCAAAUGAUUUUAAGCAUUCUUUCAAAAUGUUUUCUCGCCCACAGAAGUUGCAUUUCUUACAUCUGUAUUUCUAAAUGGCCUUCCAGUUAGGUUUAUUAUUUUGUAUUUUUAAAAUGAAAGAGAAACAUGUAUGACUGCAUAUUCUCCAAAAGCAUGAGUUUAGAGAAAAUCAAACUAAACAGAAAUGGAGGUAAUCAGUCAUCCACCACUGUGUGUAUGACAAUGCAAACUCCUCUACCAUUAAAAGAUGAGAGGGGUGACUUUUUCAGCCUUGGCUUCACAAAGAAGAGAGCUAUACUUCCUGAAGGCCUACUGUGCAUCAAAAGAGUCAGGCUGAGCACUUGGCCCAUAUUAUCUCAUUUAAUAUUCACAGCUGUAUUUUGAGAUCAGUAUUAUCAUUCCUCUGUGCAGAUGAGGAAAACGAAGUUGAAAGGUUAAAUUCUUAACCGUUGGCAAACAGCAAGAAAGGACAUCUUUGAUGCUAGUGAGAGAGAGAUGGAGAGAGAAAAAGAGAGAGAGAAGACAAAGUGAAUUUGAAAUUUUAAUGUAAAGAAAAGACAUAAUUUCCUAGAUGUCACCAGAACUUGUGGGAUGGGAAUUUUGAAUGGGAUAUGGCAGUGAGAAAGUCUAGCUUAUGUAAAAUGAGUAGAAAAACAGAGGAAAGGCUUCAAAUAGCAAGAGACUCUAUACUUGCAUGGAAUGCCAUAAAUGUGAUUAUAGAAGAACAUGGAUAAACAUUGAUAGAAUCUAAAAAAAGGGAAAUAAGUGGAAUAUUUCCUAUAAAAAUAGAGGACAAAUGGCCCACCACAUCAAAAAAAGAAGGUAAUGUGCAUGACUAUCCCUGAAAACAGAUUAUAAAGUUGGCGUAGAGCCAAGAUGGAGUAAUUAUAGGAAUUCACUAGAAGCAUUAUUAUGAAAAAGACAAUACCUGAUUAAAUUUAUAGUCAUCUUGGUGAUAAUUUAAUCUCUCAGAAGGUUAGACCAGAGAACCUCUACUGGGUACUUAAUUUUGACUAACAAGAACAGAUUGAUAUGAAUUGAUGGUAUGGAAAUGACUAUCCUGCAUUAUCAGUGAUGAAAAUGUUCACUGGAUAUAUUAUCUUGGACUAUGAGAAGACUUCACCAUUUAAAUAAAAGAACUUAUCCUCUAGAGUGGGAAACUACAAAAGGUGGUAUCACAUGAGGAAAGCUACAAUUAUAAAAGAUUAUAAUGAGAUGGGAAAAUGUAGUCCUUUAAACAAUCUGUAUAAACUGAAUGGGGAAAACAUUCAAAGUAAUCGUUAAAGUGCCAUACAUCCACAAAUAGUAACACUAAAGCUAUGGUCAAAAUGAGCAGAAAGAAGGCUAAUUUUUUUUAAUAUCCAAUUUAUUGGGAAAAUCCAAAAGAAGUUCAUCUUUUGGUUCUGUUCAGUGCUUACUGCUGGGGGCAAAUGAUUUAAUGAAAAAGAAAAUAGUGUUACCUAAAUCUGAUUUCAUUUUACUUUCCCUAUUAAGCAGAAAAUGCUUCAAAGUGGAAAUUGUAGAAGCAACAUGAGUAAGAAAUUUGGAACACAUAGGGAAAAUGAUUUCCUGGCCGCUUCAAAUGAAUUUACAUCUUCACAUUUAGAAGAAUUUUACCAUAGAGUAUUAAAAUUGCCUAAUCAUGACAUUGCUUAUCUUUGAGAAAACAUGCAGAAUGGAAGAGAAUUUAGAACAAACAUCUCUACUUUUAUAAAGAGAGGAAUACUGAAUACAGAUAUUACUGACUUAAAAGUUAGCUAUUUAUAGAUAAAGUUUUAAGUGGAAUGUUUAAUGAAAAGAAAGACACAAUCGCUGGUAACACAAACAAGUAUACUAAAAAAUAGUACAAAAAUAAAAUAAUUUUAUUUCUCCUUUAUCCACUUUGUUUUCUUUCUCAUUCAAAAAUAUUUAUUAAGGGCCAUGUGCUAGGCAGUAAUCUGAUUGCUGGGGAUAUAAUGAUGAUCAAAACUAACAAAAAAUAAUGCCAGAAUGUAGUUUAAUUCUAGUUGAGUCAUGCAGACAAAAGCCAAAAUAGACAAAUGAAAUAUAUAUACUGUCAGAUGACGAUAAAUGCUAUUGAGGAAAAUAAAUAGGAAAGGCAGAUAAAGAGGCUCGGACUGGGGGUAGUGGGUAAAGUACAAUUUCAUAAUGCAGUCAGGGGAAGCUUCACUGUGAAAGUGACAUUGCAGCAAAGACCUGAAGGAAGUGAGGGAGUGAUCAUUCUAGGCUUAAGAAGAGCAUGUUUCAACAACCUAUUGUGUGUGCUUGCCAUGCUCAAAAAAUACUACAAGAAUGCUGUGGAUGGGAAAGAAUGUUUCAGGGAGAGAAUUACAGGAAAUACGAUCAGAGAAGUAAUUGUGGAGCAAAAUCAUAUAGGAUCUUGGCCAUUAUAAUGACCAGCUUUUACUGUGAGAUGAGAAGCUAGUGGAUAAUUUAGGCAGAGGAAGAAGAUGAUCUGUCUUAGAUUUUACCAAGGUCACACACCUAUUGCAUUGUGUAUAAUCUCUAGGGGAGUAAAUGUAGGAGUGGGGAGGCCAAUUAGUAGAUUGAAAUGUUUCAGACAAAGAGAAUGCAAUGACCUGCUCAGUGACAGUCUAGUGGAAAUGUUGAGAAGUGGUGAGACUCUGGAUUUAUUCUGAAAGUAGAGCUUAGAAAAUGUGCUUCACAUUGGAUGUAAGAGAUGAGACAAAAAGAGGAAUCAGAGAUGACAUAAUAGUCUUUCACUAGCAACUAAAGGGUGGAUUUACUGUUAACUGAAAUAGAGAAUGCUGCAAUGAACAGGAUAGGUGAGGAGGAUCAGUUUAAAUAUUCUGUUUGAGAUGCCUAUUAAAUGUUGAAGUGAAGAUAUUAGUUGGUAGUUGGAAAUAUGAGUCUGAAGUUUGAGUAGAGGUGUGAACAGGACAUAUACUUUUGGGAAUCAUCAAUGUAUAGAAAAUAUUGGAAGCUAUUAGCCUGGAUAAUAUCAUCAGGGAUAGGCUAGGGUAGAUAAAAGUUUCAGAGACUGAGCACUAGAUCACUUUAGGAGUGGAAGUAAGAGAAGGAACCAAGAAAUGAGACAGUGAUAAAGUUUCAAGUUACGUAGGAGCAAAAUCAGGACAAUGCGCGCCCUAUAAGGCAAGCAUAGAAAGUGAUUCAAAGAAACGAGGGUGAUCAAUCCUGCUGAAUUGUCACUGAGUCAAAUAAGAAGAGGAUAGAAAAUUAAGUAUUCCUUCACUUACAUAGUGCUUGUUACCUUGAUCAGAGACAUUGUGAUGGAGUGGUUGGUACAAAAGAUAGUAAAAUAUGUCGGAAAUUUUAUAGAGACGUUUUACGAUUCUCAUAAUUAUCCUUAUGGGCAAUAGUAAACACUGUGUGAUGAAUGUGUUAUUUAUAGCUAGUUAAACAAGUAUGCAGAAAGACUAUUGAAAACUGGACUAAUUUCAAAUUGGAGGUAGGGUUGUAAAGACUGAUUUUGAGGCUUUGUUCUGUACUCUGUUACAGUCAAACUGUCAUAAAACAUGGACAAAAUCAUGGAAGACAUUCUAUCAAAUAAGGGAAAAACACAAACCCAAGAAGACUAGCAAAUGUAGCCAAUGGUAAAAUACAUUGCGAAAAACAUUCAAAAAGCAUAAAAAUGGGACACAAUUUGAAAGGUGAAAUUUAGCAUGAAUACAUGUUAAAUCCCACAUUUGUUUUUAAUUUAAAAAAUCUUAUACACAUAGAUUGUAGGGGAGACAGAGUCUAACAUCAGUUCAUCAAUAAAUGGAGGGCUUAGUAGCUUACCAGCUCCAUAUGACCCAAUGAUGUGAAGAAGCUGGUGAAAAAGUUAUGAAGCAUUAGCUGGUGCUAAAUGAAUUAUAGAGAGUUGGAAAAAAGAUUCAUUUUAGAACUUCGAAAAAAUUAUACCAUUUGUGGAAAACUAAGUGUUGUUCUGGGACACAAUUUAAGAGAGUUGUUGGCAAACUGAAGUGUGUCCAUAAAUGGCAUGUUUCACUAAUUAAAAGACCAGAUCAAUUUUAUGUUUUUACACUCGUGAAUAACUUGAGUUCCAUGAAUUAACAAAAAUUAAGUGAAAAAAAUUUCCAUUUUCAAAUGCUUCAGGGAAAUGUUGGGUUAAAUAGGUUUAUUUCAUUACUUGCAUAUCUCAGAACAUUUGACAAGCAGUAUCUACCAGACAUUUCCAGGAGGGAGAGAGAAUAUAUUAAAUUUCCAAAAGAAAUGAUGACGGGAACAUUUUUUUCCUGUGGACCAUCUCAUAGAAUUAGUGUUCAGUAGGACAGAGUCUGGCAAAUGCCAUAUGACAAAUAAAGAAACUAAUAUGUGUAUUCCAAAGAAAAGAACACUUGCUGAGGAAAGAAAAAGAUGGGAAUAAAUUUCUAACUUUAAACAUCUGAUAGUAGCAUGGAGCUGCGUGCUGUGGAAGAUCGUAUUUAUUCUCCUUAGGGCAGAGAGCGUAGAUGCUAGAGAUAGGCAGAUUUUGACUUAACAUGAAGAAGACCUUGACAAUUUGAGUUGCUUGUAUAAAGCUGUAAAAUCUCCAUCACUGAAAUAGUCAAGAAAUUUUGCACAUUUGGUUAAGCAAAAAUCUUACGGAUUUUCAGAAUAGUUUCACUAGAACUUUUGCUUGUAAUCAAUGACAUAUCCAAUUAUCCUCUAGAAUAAUUUCCAAAUUUCAGAUGGUUGAUUCGCAGGGCUUAGUUUUGGAUUAACAUUUUUCUUCUGAUAAUACUCAAAAUGCCUUUCCUGCUGUGAAGAACGUUCUGAGCCAUCUUCUUACUUUGCCCAAAUUAGUGAGUGUGAGCUCAAACAUUUUAUUUUAUUUUACUUAAGUGAAACACACUCUGGGCGGAAAUGAAAUAGACUUCUAAAUAUAUAUUGAAUUCUAAAAUAGAUCCUUUUUUUAAAAAAUUGCCACUGUGAUGGAUUUAUUUUCAGCAUUGUUUCCUUCCACUUGCACAAUUAUUUAACGGUUGAUUUUCAGCAUUAAACUUCUUUUAUGCCCCUUGUCUGGUAUAUAUGGAGUAAUUUUCUUUAUGGGGUUACUCUUUCACACUUGGCUCAUUGAGGCAUGUUUCUGUAUCUGCCAAACUAUAAAUACUCAAUUAAAAACUGAAAAUGUUUUAAGAAAGUCUGUAAAAUCUUUACCUACAUAUGUACACACGCACACAUAUCUGUCCAUGUAUUUUUCUUAGGGAUUAAGAACCAGUUCCCUAUCAGAUUGCUUCCCUGGAUUCAGGAUAUGGUUAAACACAACAAAUGCUUUGUAAUAAGAACUAGAAAUUUGGGAAAGUUCAUCUUCUUAAUUAUUCCCUGCCAAAUUCAGCAAGAAAAAAUACAAUAGGAUUUAAAGAGUGUAUUUCAUUAUUCUUUAUGAGUUUACCUUUAUAUAUGCUAUGUUAUCAAAUAUAGUAAAUGACUAGAAUAGAAUAUGGGGAAUAAUUUGGAAAGUUCCCAGUUCCCAAGGUGUUUUUCUUAGGCAGACAUUUCACAGAAUGAUCUCUUGAAAUUUUUAGUUCACUUACAGAAAAUGGAUUUGACGGUGACUCUUUUUCUUCAGUUUCUGCCAGGACUUAAUGGAGUCUCCCUGUUAUCUCUGAAUAGGGAUAUAUUCAAAGAAACUAAUCCUAGAAAGCUUUCCCAUUAAAUGGAAUAUUUAAUCAGCAAAAUCACUCAAGAUAAUUUUUCCGGAUCUGGCUACCUCCUCAGUGCAUGAAGUUGUUGCUUACUUACUAAGUUCCCAAUGAUGGCAGCAACACAAUUUCUGAAUCUUACCAUAAUACUUUCAGGCUGAUCGAAAACACCACACAUCCCAAGUAUUUGGAGCUAUAAUUGGAAAUAUGGAGAUUACCUUCCCCUUCACAGUACCACUUGGUCUCCCAGUGUUCUAGAUAUAUAUGAAUGCGACGCCCAGAUGCCCUCCUCAGGCUGUGUGGAGAGUUCACUGCCUCCUUAUUAGUGAAAUAACAUUGCUGACCACCUCAAACUAGUGGCACACAUCUCAAUUUUCUCUAAAAAUUUCCCCACAAGUUUUCAGAAAGAGAGUUAAACGUUCUGAAGAAAACUAUGUACAUAUCAGAUCCAGUUUUCUAAAAGCACAAUUGAAAGAACCCAAAUCUCACACAUUAGCAUGUACAGCUAACGUUCUUAGGAGCAAAAUUGACCUAGCGCUUGUCUUUGGCCUGGCGGAACUCAUGGAAAGGUUUAAUUUUGAUUCUUUAAGUAGUGAACUCCUAAAGGGAAAUGUGUUCUCAUUGGAAAAUAGAAACAUUAUUGAAGAAGCAAGUGGGUGACCACCUCCACGCAGCAGUCAGGGAAACAGUUUCCUGCCCUUUGUGUCUCAGACUGAAACUACUGCAACAAGAAGGAAGUUUCCUACUAAAAUACGAGUUUUCCUGCCAAUAAACCUGGGUCUAGAGGAUUUUCAAAGGUUAUCAUUUCAUUCCAGCAAAAAUAUUAUCCACUUCUUCUACUAGGUAGACAUUUAAAGAUGAUUGUCGUAUUGCUUUGGAUUAAGCUAUAUUAAAAUGGAAGCAGUGGCUAAGUCGGUUAGGUUUAGAAUAAGCCAAUAUUAGAGAGAUAAGCCAAAGGAUCUUUUAAAAAAUUUUUUUGUCCAUUUUAUGAAGCUUUGUACCGGAGGCAGAGCUCUCAAUCCACUUUCUUAAUUCCCUUCUCAAAGUCACUGCCUGCUUUGGCACCCCACCACCUUUCUUAAAUAGGAAGAGCAAGAGCAAGGGCAUCUUGGUGGAAACAUAAAUCAGGCUAACUGGAAAUAUACAAAAUAAGCGUGUAUGUAUUCUUUUUAUGUUGUAAGUGUGUAUUGUUAAUGGAUAUACUUUUUAGUCUUUAGUUGUAGACCUUGAUAUUUGUUCAAAAUAGUGUUUUUCAAAAUAUAUUCACAUAUUAAAACAAUCAACUUCAAGAAUAGAUUUCUUUUCCAUGAUGCUAAAUUGUCAGUUCCUUCUAUUUGUGAGAAAUUAUAAAAUAGUUGACAAUGUAAAUUGGUUAUAGAGCUGUUUAAAACAAAUUCCCACCUUACUCAAUUCUAUUUAAAGUAUUUACUUUGCAAUUAAACUGGAUGAUAGUCUGGCAAUAUGAUACAUAAUCCAAUAAUUUUCUUUUGUUUUCUCUGUACAAAAUGUUUUUUUUUUUUUUUAUCAUACUGUGGCUAAGUAAAUUGCACUAUUGUACAUGCAAAGCAGCUAUUUUAGGUUAUUCAAUAAAUUACUCGGACUGUAGUUCAAUGCAAUAAUAUUUUUUUUCAAUAAAAAGCUUAAUGGCAUAAGAGUGUUAGUCAGAUAUUUCUAACAAAAAGCAUACCAAAAUAUAAGAGCAAAAUCAAAAGCAAAAUGGUAUGGACAUAUUCUGCAUUUUACACUGUUGAAUUUAACAUGCACUUAACAUUUUAUUUAUUACUGUAUAUAUUUAUAUUAUAUAUUUAAA